GGACAAUAACGUCAUUUUUAUGACCUGUCAAUGUAACGUCUAAAAAUUUUUGUGAUCGCUCAACUAUCUCUAAAUCAUCCAAGAUGACGGACACGGCGGAAGACCUGAACUACGAUUGCAACUAUAACAUGUUUCUGGCCAAGACUAUGCUACCGAAUCUGAACAAAACCGAUGAUAGACAAAAAGCGGUGCGAUGGAUGAAGAAAUUGGCCACCUGUAACAAAUCGAUCGAGGAGAUGAAACUAAGGAACGAUUUUAUGUAUUAUUUGGUGGUUAAUAUCCAGCAGGGAGAGCUACAACCGCCAUUUACGGACCCGCCUCCCGCUAGUGCGCUGCCGGAUAUAGCUCAUCUUCUGCCUGGCGGUGUCGCCGAAGUUGAUUUGGAGGAAUGGCGGGAGCACGCGGCAGGUGGCACAAAAAAGCCUAUGUUAUACGAAAACUCACCUGACGGAGGUGCCUUCCUAGCGGCUCAGCCGAUACCCAGAUGCGGAGCAUUUUGUUACCUAGCUGUAGUAGCAAGGGAGCCCAAAAAGGACUGAUAGCAGCUGCAGAUGAUAUUACACCAAUGACAAACAUGUAGAGAGUUCAGUUUUGGAAAUAUAAGUUUAAUCGUUAUACUAUA